CACACCUCACCCGCCCAUCUGGCUAUCCGCCCCUCACCGACACCCGGGACCCACAUGGCGGCCACCCGCAAGCCCCGCUCCCCGCCCGCCGCCGCCAGCGGCGACCACCACCGGUUCCUCCGCCCCGGGGCCCUCGCCCGCCUCCGCGACGCCAGGCUCCGCCGCGGGGGCCGCGCCUCCCGCCUGCCCCCGCCCUCGUCGCCGGCGCCGGCGUCCCCUCCCGCGUCGCCUCCUCCUCCUGCGGCUGGCGACGGCGACGGCGAGGGCGGCGCGGCCGUGCCGUACUUCGUGCCCGUCACGAGGCUCCUCGCGCCGCAGUGCCCCCAGCGGAAGAAGCUCGCGGCGGCCAAGUACGCGGUGCUCUUCUCCCCGCCGCCCCCGAGCCCUGAUCUGCCCCUCGAGGCGGUUAUCGAGUUCCUGAGCUCGCCUGACAUGGUGGUCGCCGCCCACUAGAGUGCCUUCGCAGUACUGUUGUAUUAGUCGGGUGUAGCCUUGUAGAUUUGUGGAUCUAUUCCUUGCUUCCUUAGCUUAGUGAGUUACAAAAUUUUCCUCGUUUGUUUGUACUCAUCUUGUUGUGAAAACAAAGACAAAGAAGAGUAAGUCUGCUAUGAAAUACAAAAUUACAAGUGAUUGUGGAAAUAAAUCCGCAGUAUA